GAUGGGUGGUGGUAUUGGGGCCAACUCGACCGUACGAGAUUUGUUGAUGGGCCCAAUCUAGCAUCAAAUCUGGUUUUCCACUGCGAAAGCCGACUUAGGCUGGGGCUGCCAAAUGUGACAUAUUGAUUCAUAUCUCUGUUUUUGACAUCUACUUACUCCCAGGUGGCCAUUCACUGUUUUCCUCCUUGACUCCUGAGGCUGCUAUACUUGUAUUUCUCCGUUCAGGGGAAGGGAAGAUGUCGGUGAUGGCACUGUAGUCGAGCUGAUCACUUCUCUGGGAGCACCGGCCAGUGAUCGAAGUGUUAGGGUUCUUGUUCUACUUGCAGAAAAACAUGAGUUCCGAGGGGCUUCUUGACAUCCAGCCUUCAGAGCUCAAGUUUACAUUCGAAUCGAAGAAGCAGAGCUCGUGUUCCUUGCAUUUGGUCAAUAAAACCAGUGAUUAUGUAGCUUUCAAGGUUAAAACAACGAAUCCAAAGAAAUACUGCGUGCGGCCAAACACUGGCGUUGUUGCUCCCAGAAGCGCCUGCGAUGUCACUGUUACAAUGCAAGCACAAAGUGAGGCACCGCCGGACAUGCGGUGCAAAGACAGGUUCCUCAUUCAAAGUGUCGUAACAAGUCAGGGUGCAACCUCUAAGGAUAUAAAUGCAGAAACGUUUACUAAAGGAGAUGGAAAGAUUGUCGAGGAGUGCAAAAUGGAGGUGGUUUAUGUGCCCCCACUCCAAACUCCAUCAUCAGUUUCAGAAGAAGGUUCCUCACCACAAGCGUCUUAUCAGUCAGAUAACAGAAACCUUCGUUCAUAUUUAUAUGAUGCUGUAUCAAAGGAAGCAGAUGAGCCGGACACGAAAAAUUCAGAGGUUUUGAAUGUAAUUUCAACGCUGAACACAGAGAAACUAUCUGCCAUUCAACUAAACCAAAAGUUGCAACAGGAACUGGAGUUGCUAAGGAAGGAACACAGUGGUGGUCAUCAAGGCUUCUCAUUUUUGUUCGUGGUAUUAGUUGGUAUAUUAGGCAUUCUUGUGGGCUACCUUGUUAAGACAUAGGACAUUUUGCAGCUCUGGUCGCAACAACAUGGUGUGGUAAUGUGUUCAUGAUAAACUGGUUUGCAGGAUAAGUGAAGCAGGACUGUGUAUGUCGGGGAAAUGCUGUGCCCAUUUGUUCUAUGUUUCUUGAAUGUAUUUUGGUUCUCAGUGCUGUAUCUCUUUAUCCUGAACUUCUGCCACUUGAUAGUAUCUUCUUGCCGUUAAAAGAAGAAAAAGGAAGAGAACUUUUGUCU